CCCUCCCCGCAUUAGUCAGACAUCAAUGCACGUGCAUUAUUAAUGGUGCCUGAGGUAUAAACACCGCGUCUGUGUCUCGCCCCCCAUUCGACGUCAUUCGAUCGCGCUUGGGGAAUGUGAUACCUGCAAACCAUAUCCAUUACGUUUUGACACAUUGUACAUACAGAGGUACUUUUGUACUAUAUCGUACAUUACACCUACGCUUUCUGAUUCCAACGAUAGCAUUGUAUAUAUCCGGACACCAUGGCGAAUGUGGCAUUGAUAGGAGCAACUGGGAUGGUGGGCAGUCACAUCCUCACUAGCCUUCUCGAAAAUCCCGCUGUAGCUCAGGUGGAUACGAUUUCCCGCCGUACUCCAUCCGCUGCUGCUGCGGCACCUCAGACAAAACUCACCACAUUUGUAUCUGAUGAUACAUCUCGUUGGGCUGCUCAGCUCUCUUCUCUCACUCCAACUCCAUCCAUCUUCAUAUCGGCCUUUGGCACUACUCGUGCAGCUGCUGGUGGAUUCGAGAGUCAGUACAAGGUGGAGCAUGGUCUGAAUGUAGAAAUGGCUCGCGCAGCGCGCGAUGCCGGUACGAAAGUCUAUGUCCUGAUUUCAUCUGGCGGGGCUAAUAAGGCGUCGUCUUUCGCGUAUCCUCGUAUGAAAGGGGAGAUUGAAGAAGACGUAAAGGCCCUGGGGUUUGAGAGAACGGUGAUUUUGCGCCCUGGUCUGAUAUCCGGCCAACGGCAGGAGAGUCGACCUGCGGAAGCAGCAUUCCGGUUCAUUGCUGGCAUUGCCGGGAAAGUUCACUCGGGACUGAAAGAUGGGUGGGCUCAAGAUGCAGACGUUAUUGCCCGAGCAGCGGUCAAUGCAGGCCUCAAAGCUCUGGACGGCGAUGUUCCUCCUGGUAGCGAGAAAGUAUGGAUUUUGGGUGGCAGUGACAUCAUCAAAUACGGGGGAAGAAAUAGCUUCGGUCUGCACCAACAUCGAAGGCAUAAUUUGUUUGGUAUAUUCUCUUUAUUAUUCUUGUAUCGUAUUGGUGACCUGACAAUUGCAAAAAGGUAUCUGCUCUUAGAUGUUCUUUGCGUUCUGUAAGAGAAUUGCUCUCGAAUCCUAUGUGACAAGAUCAAAUGUAUAUUCAUGCCA